AUGCCGUUGGGCGACUCGAUCCCAGACGCCCUGGGCUGCAGGCGGUGGCUGCAGCUCACUCGCAACCCGGCCACCGCCGCCGCCCUCGGCCUGGUGACCAUCCAGGUGGGCUUCGGGCUGGUGAUGAAGGCGGCUCAGUCCGACGGCACCUACUCCUUCUCGCCCUCCGCCUCGGUCAGCAUCUCAGAGCUGCUCAAGAUGCUGCUGGCCGCCGCGCUAUUCCAUCGCGAGUGCCGGAAACGCCUGGCCGCCGGCAUCGAGCCCGACGCCCACCCGCACUAUCUUGCCCUGCCGCCGGCGUCGACGCCCGAGAAGCGGCCCGAGACUCCGUCGGUUGGUCUGCCGAGGCUCGGCCUUGCUGCCUUUUGGCGCCACUUCCUCAGCGAGGUGUCCGAGGAGGAGCGAAGCGGCUUCUACGUCCUCGCCCUAUGCUACACGCUGAUAAAUAACUCGAUCUUCAUCAGCUACAUGCUGGCCGAUCCGGGCACGAUCCAGCUCGUCAAGAGCGGCAGCACCUUCAUCACCGCCAUAGUCAUGGUUGCUGCCCUCAACACGCCCGUCUCCCAGGUCCAGUGGUUCGCCGUUAUACUUCAGCCAUUCGGCCUCAUCCUCGCGCAGUACGAGCCCGAAACCGGCACCGCCUACUCCCUCGGCACGUACGCCAUUCUUCUCCUGCAAGUGUUCCUCAGCGCCGCCUCCAGCGUCUACAAUCAGCACAUCUUGCAGGCCAAUAAGACGAGUCUACAUGCCAACAACAUGGUGCUCUACGCGGCUGGCGUCUUCGUCAGCCUGAUCUGCCACAUCGUCAUGAGGAUCAUCAAGACCGACGAGCCGGGUUUCUUCGAGGGAUACGAUAACAUCGGCGCCAUCAUGGUAGUCGUGAGCAACGUCUUCAUCGGCCUCGCCAUAACGUCUGUCUACAAGUACGCCAAUGCCGUUGUCAAGUGCAUCGCCACGGCUGUCUCUUCAGGGCUGCUGCUCUACCUGUCGACGAUCCUCUUCGGAACGACGCUGGGCACAAUGGUUAUCCCCGGCACCAUCAUCGUCGCCCUCUCUUCCUGGCUCUACCUGGCCAACCCCGCCGCCGCCACCCAGUCGAGGUCGAGGGCCGGCUCGGGGCGGGCUUCUUGUAAGGCCCUGGGCGUGUUCCUUAAGAGGUAUCGCGUCCCCUACCUUGCCGUGCUAACCUUCACGACGGUUCUCAUUGUUGCCUUCUUAACCUUAAUCCAGACUACAAUGCCCGGUCUGACCCACGGAAACGGCCACCCAAAUUUGUCGCACUCUGCACCGGCGACCGAGGGCACGGCCACUUCGCCAUUUCGAAACACUCUGGCCGUGAUCCGGUGGAACAGCGCGCAUCCCGAGCGGAUCCCACUCCUCAUGAAGUACAAGCCCUUUUUCCGCUCGAUGCACCUCUCGAUACCGGAUAUAAUGCCUAACGACAGUCCCGUCGCACGCAACAAGACUUACGACGGGUCCAACGAACCAUUCACCAUAUACAGAGAGGUUGCCAACGUUAUGAAGAUGGCCCUCGCCGGGCAGCCUGAGGUCGACGGGCUAAUGUACUUUCAUUUCGACGCCUGGAUCGAUCCCAUGCGGUGGAACAGCACGGAUCGAGACGGCAUCCUAUUUGCGAGAACGGCGGAUCCGCAGGGCCCCUUAUUCCGCUGCAUGAACGACAUAAGCGCGUACGACUGGCAGGGCUGGCACGUCUUCGGCCGCAUGGACAUUGCCGCCGUCAAGGCCGUCCAGGCCGCCGCGGCGCUGGGCCUGGGCUACAAGACCGAGACGGACAAGUGGUGCGUGGGCUGGAGCGACAUCUACUACGUGCCGCGCCGCCUGUUUGCCGACUUCAUCGUCCUUGCCGAGACCUUUGCCGCCUUUGACGUGUUCCACGAGCUCGCCGUACCCACCAUUGUCAACAUAAUUGCGCAGACACGCUCGAGCCCGGAGCGGUCUGCCUUGGCCUUUGUCGAUGACUGCUGGGGCUCGUGCUGCGCUUCCAACCCAACGAUUGAGGACGUUAUCACGACUCGCUGCGGCCACCGCCUAGACUACUUGGAUGAAAACGUGACAGGCGUCUUGUACGAUAAGAUAGAUGGACAGGCGCGGGAGCUUCUCGUCGGCAGUUAA